AUUUGUUUCCACAGGGAUGCAGUGGGGGAACCUGAACUAAACUCUGUGUGCAGAAGGGAAGCCGAACCUGGGAUAAGUUGGAGCACAAAUGUGGCAAUUCCCAGGCUCAAAACGAGCAGGAGAGCGCCAGGGCUUCACGCUGGAAUAUUCUCAGUUUGCAGCUCUCUGGAUUGCAACACCUCCCCUUGUUCCGUGAUUAAACAGCAGCGUGGUGCCCUUUGCCUUCUGUAAGAGGAUUUCUGGAAGUGCAGGCAGGGACCUUCCGUGGCUCACUGGCACUGAGCUGGGAAUCUUCUGGACCAGAAGAGUCGCUGGAAAACAGCAAAUCAUCCUUACAGGAGUCUGAAACAUCGUGCUGGGGACUUGAGCCUGAUCCUUCAGUUAAAUCCCAGAGGCGCCUCUGACAGCAGCUCGUGCAUCUUGCAGUGUCUUUUUGGAAGGUUUGGUCUUGGCUGCUUCCAGCUGUGUAAUAUUGAGAGCAGCCAUGGCCAUCCUGUUCGCUGUCGUGGCGAGGGGCACCACCAUCCUGGCCAAACACGCCUGGUGUGGGGGGAACUUCCUGGAGGUGACCGAGCAGAUCCUGGCCAAAAUCCCAUCUGAGAACAACAAACUGACCUAUUCCCAUGGCAAUUACCUGUUCCAUUACAUCUGCCAGGACAGGAUCAUUUACCUGUGCAUCACUGAUGAUGACUUUGAGCGCUCCAGAGCCUUCACGUUCCUGAACGAGAUCAAGAAGCGCUUCCAGACCACGUACGGCUCCCGGGCACAGACUGCCCUGCCCUACGCCAUGAACAGCGAGUUCUCCUCUGUGCUGGCUGCACAGCUGAAAUACCACUCAGAGAGCAAGGGCCCAGACCAGGUGGCGGAGACACAAGCCCAGAUUGAUGAACUCAAAGGGAUCAUGGUCCGGAACAUAGACCUUGUGGCACAAAGAGGAGAGAAGCUGGAGCUGCUGAUUGAUAAAACAGAGAAUCUCGUGGAUUCGUCAGUCACUUUCAAAACCACCAGCAGGAACCUUGCCCGAGCCAUGUGUAUGAAGAACCUCAAGCUCACCAUCGUCAUCAUCAUCGUGUCCAUUGUGAUCCUGUACAUCAUCCUGUCGGCCGUGUGUGGCGGGCUGGCCUGGCCCAGCUGUGUGCAGAAGUAACUGGAGCUGGAGCUGCUCACCAGGAGAUGAGGCAGAGUGUGGAGAAGGAACCUCCAGAGUGACUCCUGCCCGUCACCACUGCCACCUUCCACCUCCCAUCCCUCCAGGACUUCAGACUGUUUGCCUUAUCACCCAGACAGACCCAGCUGGUCCCGCAGCUGUGACCCCAAGAGUGGGCUGGGUUAAUUACUUGAAAGGAUUUUUGUGUUCCUUUUGCUGUCCCAAUGCCACCCCUCCGGAGGGUUCUGUGCACGCUGGCCCCGUGUGGCCUCCCCUGGGUGGGGACAGGAGUGGCUGCAGCUGUCCCACCUGGGAUGGAGCUGCCCCACAGAGGAGGUUCAGGGUGGGCUGAGCCAAACUAACGGGGACAGGUGAGUUUGGGGUCCCACAGAGCUUCUCCUGCACAUCUGGCCACAUCUGGUGGCUCCCAGUGCUGCAGCACGGGGAGGUCACGGUGUCACCCAGGUAGGAACAAGUGGGGCUGGGCUUUGUGCACUCACAGGUGGAGGUGCUGCUGCUGCUGGGGACAUCUCCCUGUUGCUGCAGUGACCCUGCAGGCAGGAGGGGGUGUGGGGUCACCUCAGCGUGUGCAAUGGCUGCCUCUUCAUCCUCACUUCUCCCUCAUCUCCCCCUGGGCUGAACAGACACAGCAGAGGGGAUGGUCGCACACGGUUCAGAACCUGCUUUCUCACAGAUGAUUUCUCCUGCUCUUCUUUGGAGGGUGGACUGCAAUGAAUAGAAUUCUGGCACUGGCUACGGUGAAUUUGGGGCCAGUCUGGCUUGCUGAGGUGUCAGGGAGCUGCUGCUUGUGCUUCUCCUGGAAGGUGUGCACUGCAACUGGAGGGCAGAGGAGGGCUGGAGUUGGUGGCCAGUGACUUUCUCCAAGGUCUGAAGGAGAAAGGCUCUGCCAGAGGAUAAACCUUCUCCUCUGGGAGGAUUUCAGACCAAACCCGAGGCUGGUAACCAAAUGCAGGCUCAGGGGCGCCGUUUCUGUGCUAGCUGCACAUCUCCAUCCCAGGCCAGGCCUGGCUGAGGAGCUGCAGCUGCUGGGGCAUGGGCGAGGGCUGGGGACACUUCUGUCCUGGAGCUGAUGGGCUCCUUUCCCAGGGAAAAAAUGGAAACACCCUUCAGGGGGGGAAGGGGAGGCUUCUUUUGGUGCCUGAGCCGGAGCACGAAGUUGGUACCAGGAGGUGACACUGGCGGGGUGGGGACGUGGCUCUGCUGCUCCUUCCCGUGUGGCACUGGCCAUGGAGCUCCCCAGCAGGGCCAGGUAAAGAGUUCCCCUAGUAACAGUGACUCCUUUGGAUUUGUCUUCUGCUGGGCUGAAGUUUCACCGAGGGUGAUUGGAUUUGAUCUCCACCAAGUGCCAGUGGGCACUGGCAGCCGCUUCUUUCUGUUCCGAAUGUAAAGCUUGGAGCCCCCUCCCUGCAGCUCCUGCAGCCCCAGGUCCAGCUGUGCAUGUUUUAGGGAUUGUGCUGUUACCAUGUUCAUUUGGAUGAUUUCUUGUCUUAUGUACAAAUAAUUUUUAAAGAAAAUCCUUUUCCUUCUCGAGGAUGCACUGAGGCAUUAGUAUAAAAAACCAUUACCUUGAUUUCAAUAAAAUUCCUGUACAGAAAA